GGUAGGCAGCUCUGAAUGUGGUUACGACUAUCACUAUUACUCCUGGGAGAACAGCAGGACGUGGAAGGAAACUACUUCGCCUCGCACUUUUUCAUGGGAGGUGAGAAAUUUGACACUCCCCACCCUGAAGGUUAUCUCUUUGGCGAGAACAUGGAUCUGAACUUCCUGGGCAGUCGCCCGGUCCAGUUUCCUUACGUCACCCCUGCCCCCCAUGAGCCGGUGAAGACGCUGAGGAGCCUGGUGAACGUGCGCAAAGACUCCGUCCGUCUCGUCAGGUACAAAGAUGGUGCUGACAGCCCCACUGAUGACAGCGAGAAGCCCCGAGUUCUCUACAGCCUGGAGUUCACCUUUGAUGCCGAUGCCCGGGUGGCCAUCACCAUCUACUGCCAGGCGGUGGAGGAGUUCCUGAAUGGGACAGCUGUCUACAGCGCCAAGAGCCCAGCCCUGCAGUCCGAGACCGUCCACUACAAGCGGGGCGUGAGCCAACAGUUCUCCCUGCCCUCCUUCAAGAUCGACUUCUCGGAAUGGAAGGACGACGAGUUGAACUUUGACCUGGACCGGGGUGUGUUUCCAGUGGUCAUCCAGGCCGUGGUGGAUGAAGGGGACGUUGUGGAAGUGACCGGCCACGCCCACGUGCUCUUGGCCGCCUUUGAAAAGCACGUCGAUGGAAGCUUCUCCGUGAAGCCUUUAAAGCAGAAGCAAAUUGUGGACCGGGUCAGCUACCUGCUGCAGGAGAUCUAUGGUAUUGAGAAUAAGAACAACCAGGAGACGAAGCCCUCAGACGAGGAGAACGGUGACAACAGCAGUGAGUGUGUGGUGUGCCUGUCGGACCUGCGGGACACGCUCAUCCUGCCCUGCCGCCACCUGUGCCUGUGCAACUCGUGUGCCGACACACUGCGCUACCAGGCCAGCAGCUGCCCCAUCUGCCGGCUGCCUUUCCGGGCCCUUCUGCAGAUCCGAGCGGUUAGGAAGAAGCCUGGAGCCCUGUCCCCCAUCUCUUUCAGCCCUGUUCUGGCCCAGAACAUGGACCACGACGAGCAUUCUUGUCCCUUUAAAAAAUCAAAGUCGCACCCUGCCUCACUGGCCAGCAAGAAACCUAAAAGGGAAACAAGCUCUGACAGCAUCCCGCCCGGCUACGAGCCCAUCUCCCUGCUCGAGGCGCUCAACGGCCUUCGGGCCGUCUCCCCGGCUAUCCCCUCGGCCCCCCUUUAUGAAGAGAUCACCUACUCGGGCGUCUCGGAUGGCCUGUCUCAGGCCAGUUGUCCACUCGCUGGGAUCGAUCGGAUCAUGGAAAGCAGCCACCAGAAGGGCAAGCCCCGGAGCAAGUCCCCUGACAGCACCCUGCGGUCCCCAUCGUCCCCCAUCCAGGAAGAGGACAACGCGGAGGCUCCGCCCCCGCCGAGUGGGGCCGGGCUGGCGCUGAGCAGCUCCCCCGAGAGCUUCACCACAGAGGAGGUUGACGAGACUUCGUCCCUAAAGCAAGGGAGCCGAGUGCCGUCCAUUGAGAACGUCCUGCAGGAUGGCAGCCCUGAGCCCUGCAGCCGUGGCCAGCCAGGCACACCUGCCGACAUCUACCUGCCAGCCCUGGGGCCCGGCUCCUGCUCUGGUGGUUUAGAGGAGUAAGCUGGAUGGUCCACCUCCAUGGAGACGCCCCGCAGCCUCCACGCCACUGGGCCCCCUCGGCCUCCACUUGGUGGCCCCAGUCCUGACCCCAGGGUCACUGAGCUGACCCCACUCUGAGAGCCUGGCCAGGCUGGCAGCAUGGAGCCCUCAGCUCCUCAGACUUUGCCAAGAGGUUGCCCGGACUCCAGGGUGACCUCUGGCCUCUCCUGUCUGCACGCCCUGCAUGGUCACUGGCUCCAAGGGGCCACGUGACCCUUGAUUGAAGAGCACAGUUGACUGUCCCCUCUGACAACCCCCGUUUUCUACGGUUGACAUGUUUGUAAAUGGUACAAGAUGAAGGACGGUGGUUUCCUGUCCCGGGAGCUGAGCGCGCCAGGAUCUCUCCCCAAAUGUCCUGCCCACAUGCAGCCUGGAUGAGCCUCACCCAGCCCGGGGGGUAGAUGCUCAAGAACUCAGCAAACCUGAAAGUUUAUUGGCAGGUGAAGUGCUAUCUUCCCAGGCAGUGCCGGGGUGGGGGGGCCUUGUGGGAGGGAAGGAAGUGGGGUCCGAGUCUCAGUCAAUGAAGGAAAUAGUGCCUGUCCCCUCCCCAUGUGCUCGGACUCCCUCCCUCUCCCCCCUCCCCCCUCUCCCAGCCCAGCACCCUGCCAGGCCAAGAGGCAGCGAGGCAGGUGGGGUCUGGCUGUUGUCAGCGGUUGUGUCCAGGGGCCCCUCUCUGAGCCCCACACCUUCUCAGAGGCAGCUUUGCCCAUAUUGGACCCUUGGGGUGGGGGGCCCCACUUGGCGCUGCUGCCCACCUGCCCACCCGCCUCAGGAGGGCCUGAGUGGCUCUCAGCUCCCUCUCUAACGGCACUUCACAUUUCUCUCUGAUGUGUUCUGUUUGGGGUUUCUGCAUUCUGACCUGCCUGGGGACAAGGGUCCCAUCCGUGUUUUGUUUUUUUUUUAAGAUAAACCUUCUGGGCAGCAGAAGGGCAGGGGGGACACUUGGCCCUGAUGCCCCCAGGCGAGAGUGGCCCCAGGAGGACCUUGAGCCCGGUGGGUGGGUCUGCAGCUCCUGGGGUGCGACCGCUUUCCUGGCAGGAGGGAGACGGGCCCACUUCCCAAGGAGCUGCCCUGGGCAAGACGGUUCUGGGGUGGCCAGCAGCACAGCCGGAGGCCCGUUGAGUGGGAGACUCGGGGGUGGACGACUCCUCUUCUCUCCAGUUGAGCCUGUGAGCAGAGGCCACACUCGGGGCAGCCUGCCCUGGCUGCUGGCUCCCUGCCUCCCCUCCCUUCCCACCCACCAUGUGUCCCUGGGUGCACGGGUGCCAGUGCACGCACACGUGCGUGUGUACACACACACACACAUGUGCGCGCGCGCACACACACACGGUGACCACUUCCCUCUCCUCACCCCUCCACAGCAGCCAAUGCCCUGGCCUCUCACUAACGGUAUUGGUGCCAGUAACUCUGAAGGACGGGACGCAGACUGGCCUGUCUUGGACUUACAUGUGCUAUCAUUUGAUGUACUCUGAUUGGCUAGUUUUUGUUCGUUUUUAACUGUAUAUUUAUAGUAAUAAAAUCAUGCAGCAAUA